AGUACAUCUGCAAGACAUCAGCACCCGUGACCUGAAACCUCAGUUACUCCUGAGACUCACCAGGAGCGCACAGGGGGCAGCGCGCUCUCUUGGAGAUGGUUUAAAGCCGGGACAAGCCUCUUGCUGCUGGUGCCUGCCUGGGAAUACGCCGCUUCUCCUGAAAGACACGUUUCGAUUCCUCUCCCCCCCUCCCCCAUCCCCUCCCUCCUUCUCUCUCUCUCGCUUUCUGUGUCACUUUCGCGUGAGAACUGGGCAGAGGGAGGCCGGAUUCGCCCCCUGGAACCUGCCGAAGGAAGCCCAGGGAGCGCCCCUGCUCCGGGGACAGCGUCUGAGAUUUUGGGGAGGGUCCCUUGUAUUCCCCCCCCACCCUCUCUCCCUCCUCUUUUGCCUGCACUUUCCCUUUAAGACUUGGAGGAAACCAUGACUUCCAGCUAUGCCCACAUCAUGGAGAGACAGGCCGUCCUAGCCACCCGCUUGGAGAACCCCAGCAACCUGGACAACUUACAGGCCAAAAAGAACUUCUCCGUCAGUCACCUGUUGGAUCUGGAGGAAGCCGGAGACAUGGUGGCGGCUCAGGCGGACGAGAGCGUAGGGGAAGCCGGCAGAAGCUUGCUGGAAUCCCCGGGGCUAACCAGCGGCAGCGACACCCCGCAGCAGGACAAUGAUCAGCUGAACUCGGAAGAGAAGAAGAAAAGAAAGCAGAGAAGAAACAGGACCACCUUCAACAGCAGCCAGCUCCAGGCGCUGGAAAGAGUCUUUGAGAGGACACAUUACCCUGAUGCCUUUGUACGAGAAGACCUCGCACGCAGAGUCAACCUCACUGAAGCCAGAGUUCAGGUAUGGUUUCAGAACCGAAGAGCAAAGUUCCGCAGGAACGAGAGAGCCAUGCUGGCCAACAAGAACGCCUCCCUUCUCAAAUCCUAUUCAGGGGACGUGACUGCGGUGGAGCAGCCAAUAGUACCUCGCCCAGCUCCAAGACCCACUGACUAUCUCUCCUGGGGAACAGCCUCGCCUUACAGCGCCAUGGCUACCUAUUCUGCUACGUGUACCAAUGCUAGCCCUGCCCAGGGCAUGAACAUGGCCAACAGCAUUGCCAACCUGAGACUGAAAGCAAAGGAAUAUAGUUUACAGAGGAACCAAGUACCGACAGUCAAUUAAACACUGUCUCAAAGAAAGAGUAAAACAAAAUGACACCCGUCCUGCUUAGCAGUUUGCUCAUGCUGAAAAAUAAACCCUGAACUGACUAUUGGGACAAAAGCAGGAGAAAAAUGAACUGCAAAUUAGUUAUGGUGUUCCUCUUUCCUUGUGGGAUAAUGUCACCACUUUGUGUCAGGUUUAUCGCUUCUGCUCAGUAUACUAUGAGCUUCUUCAGUUAAGGACAAUUCCAUCCUUCUUGUUUAUUUUAUACGUGACUGCAAAAGAAACCCUAUCGAUCCAGCCUUUGAACUUCUCCCCUAGACUUUCCUGAGGUUCAGCACCGUGUCCCUCACUUCCUAUGCCCCAGCUCACUCUAGAAAAGGGAAUUCCGAAGCCAAAGCCCUCUCCGUUGUAUCCGCAUGAGAUCGAAGUAUCCUUCCAUCACUCCAGAGCAAGGCUGCAGCUGCAAAGUCGUUAUCAUUAGCCUCUGAGGAGGCUUUUUGAGCAACGUGGUGAGUUCCUCUAGUCCAGUUGUCUGGAAUGUUCAUUGUUUCAUUCACAGCCAUCUUGAGUUUAGAACUUAUUCGCCUCUUUCUGAUUAUUUCUGGCCCAGCCUCUUUGCAAAGCCAAAGAAGAGAAGAUCCUUCUCAAGCCAGAGUGCGUGUCUGCAUAGGGGAGAUUGCUCAGGAGCUCAAAGAUUAGGACUUUGCCUUAUGCUUCUUUCUAUGCCUUAUGUUUUGUGCCACAGGUAAAAGUGUUGUCCAAACGCAUUUGUUUUAUAUAUACUGUAUAUAUUUAUAUAUAUAAGAUAUACAUGCAAGCUUGGUUGGUGUUUUUUAUUAAACAAAAUAAAAAUACAUUGAAAACGUUCAA